CCAUCAAGGGGUGGGUUAAUCAAGCAGAGCAUGUUGAUGACUCAGAACGGUUCAGAGCUUGGAUUGUAUGCGAGAAAGAGAGAAAAAGGCCGGAGUGCAAUAUUACUGCUUGCAUUGACUUAAUAUAUUUUCCCCGUCCUGUCUCACAUUAUAUUCCAUAUUCGUUUUAGCGACUCACAUUUGAGCUGUUGCUGAAGCCGCGUUGAAGAACUUCUGUGAAGUAGCUAUGUCAGUUACAGAGAUGUUCACCUACAUCCAGGGCUUUCUAACUGCUGAUCAAGAUAUUCGCGAGGACAUAAGAAAAGUUGUCCAAAUUCUCGAGCAGACUGCCAGAGAGAUCCUCACCGUCCUCCAAAGUGUCCAUCAACCAUCUGGUUUCAAAGACAUUCCCAGCAAGUGUCUGAAGGCCAGGGAGCUGUUCUGCACUGUUCAAACCCAAAUUGGUGAUCUGAAAACAAAGUUCCCUGUGGAACAGUAUUAUAGGUUCCAUGAGCACUGGAGGUUUGUCCUGCAGCGCCUUGCAUUUCUUGCUGCUUUUGUGGUCUAUUUGGAAAGCGAGUCAUUGGUGACACGAGAGGAGGUGGCAAAAAUCCUUGGAAUUGAAGUAGAAAGAGAGAAAGGAUUCCACCUGGACCUUGAAGAUUAUUUAGCGGGAAUCCUUAUUAUGGCCAGUGAACUGUCAAGACUGGCAGUCAACAGUGUAACAUCUGGAGACUAUGGUCGACCUCUUCGUAUCUCAAAUUUCAUCAAUGAACUCGAUUCUGGUUUUCGCCUUCUAAAUCUGAAAAAUGACCCUCUACGUAAACGCUAUGAUGGUCUUAAGUAUGACGUGAAGAAGAUUGAGGAGGUAGUGUAUGACCUGUCAAUCCGUGGCCUUGCCAAGGAGCAGGAAGCCGGGGGAGAUAAGUAGAGGGACAGAGGAGGCCGUGGGGCAAAUACCCUCCCUGGGAUUCUCCAUGAGUGCAAGAGUGGAGACUUAACCUACCAGUAGGCAGGCAAGUGGAGGAAGAGAAGUGUAGCCAUCUGUCUGACCUAGUGGAAAGUUGUUUAUGCCUGAUAGAAAUGGGAGAAGCUUUGUUUCUCACUGCUGUUGAAAGGUUUUCUUCUGUACAGUUCAUCUGAAAGCUUGGUUGGAUGUGCCAUUUCGCUGUUUAUUAUUGUUCUGUGCUCGUCAUUACACCUGUAAAGCUUUGUAUAAACAUUGGACAUGGUUGGCACUAGGAUGAGGUGAUUUACAAAUAUUUUUAAUUUUUUUGUCUUUAAAUAUCACUGAGGUCUGUAUUAUAAUUAAACUGCAAAGGAAAGUUAGCUACGGUCAAAGAAAUUGGCCUAAUUUCAGUUGAUUGUUAUAUUUCUACUAAGAUGUAAUGGUUAAGGUCUAAACAUCCUGAGGAAUAUGGAAUGAUUUAUUUAAACUACACAAAACUGCUGCUUUUGAGAAACUAUAUUGGUCUGUCAGUACAUGCACACACAUAUAUACAUGUCUCCUUUUAAAAGCCCCCAAUUAUUAGCCUUUUAUGAAGAAUUUUUAUUCUGAAUGUUUCUGUUAACAUGUUUUGCAUGGUUAUGUUGUAUGGUGAUUAGAAAGGGGAGAUAUGGAAGAUCAUAACCUUUAAAGAAUAUGACAGUAUUGCCUUAGUUUUUAAUAUUGUCAGUAUGCUUCUGCACUCAUGAAACUAUAAAUCUCAUUAUACUAUCGCAUGAUGUAUUUGGUCUGAAGACAGCAGUUUUGCUCGAAAAACAUUCUCAUUGACAACAGAUGCAAAAAGUAUUUUGUGUUUUGGGAAAUCAAUUAUUGUUUAGCAGUAUUUCACUAGUAUGUAAUAUUGAGCUGUACAUGUGAGCAUGUGAUUGACCUGCUUUAUAAAUGUAUACCUAAGUACAGUUUUUGACAACACAUGAAGUACCUGUUUUGACUUUCAACAUUGUACAGAGGUUUCAGCAGUAAUAAUUCCUUAUGGAAUGUCUGGUAUAUUACUACUGCACUGACAUGAGUUCUCUCUCUCUCUCACUUUUUUGUUCCAAAUACUGUGUUAAUAUUGUGUAAUAAAAUGAAUCACAACCAAACAUUUUUAGUAAACAAGUAGCCAAUGAAAAGAUUAGUUCACUUGUUCUUGUUCAUUUAUAUUUAAUUUACUUCACCAGUUUGUACACAUGGAAAAAAAGUUUAAAUUAGGUUUUGUAAAUAAAGAAAAUAACAGCA